AUGAAUAUAAAUUUAGAUACUGCAAAGGAUAUACUUUGUAAAAAUAUAUUAAUUUAUGGUUAUUGUAAAUUUGAAAAUAAAGGAUGUGUCUUUAAUCAUAAUAGACAACAACAAAAUAAAGAAGAACCCAAGGCUAAUGAUACUUCAAUUGAUUCUCAUCCUCAUCCACCUUCUUCAUCGGAUGGUAAAAAAAAAUUUAAUUUAAAUACUCCAUCCUUUCAACCAAGUAAUAAUAAUUCAGUUUCAUCAUUAACUAAUAAAUUUUCAAAUUUAACAUCACCGAAAAUUAAAGAUUUACCAUCAUUUAAACCGGAAACGUCAAGUAAUAAUGAACCAUUUGGAUCUAAACGCUUCAAUAUUAGCACUCCAUCGUUCACACCAUCGUCAAAUUUUGAUUUCAAUUCAAAUACAUCAGCAUCACCAUCUAUAAAUAAUUUACCCCAGGUACAACAACAACAACCACAACCACCUAAUUCUGCAUCAUCAUCUGCUAUAUCAUCAAUCCCUCAACAAUCAAUACAUGUACCUCCUCAAGUAUCUCAAGCACCUCCACCUCAACCUCCACAUCAAGAAUUUUAUAAUCCUCAAAUUCCAUUAGGUGCCCCGUUAGCAGCAAGAGUGGGACCAGGUCAAGUUCCUCAUCCACCACCACCACAAGUUCAAAUCCAACAAACUAAUCAAACUCAAUAUCCAUUACAAUAUCAUUUAUACGCACCUACACCUCCACCAAGAUUACAAAUUCCAUUGCAAAAACAUGAAACAAAUAGUUCUAUAUUAUUUAUACCUAAUAAUUUAAGGGAAUAUUUACAUAAAAAGAAUGAAUCAAGUUUACAAAUUCUCAAUCAUUCAAAUUUACCUGAUCAUAUAAAUUAUUAUCAUUCAUUGGUACCAAUAGAUAAAUCAUAUGAGAUAAAACUGAAAAUAUGGAAUAAAAAUAGUAUAAUUUUUAAAUGUUAUUCAAAUCUAGAUGGGAAUUUAUACGUAAUGAGGAAAAUAGAACCAGUUGAAAUAUUAUCCGAUAAGCCAUUCAAAACAAUUAAGAAAUGGAUAUCAAGAAUAAAGGGCAAUUCCAAUAUAGUUGAAUUAAAAGAUUGUUUUACAACUAUGAAUUUUGGAAAUUAUUCCAGUUUAUGUAUGAUUUAUGAUUAUUUUCCAAAUUCAAUUACAGUAUAUGAAAAUCAUAAAAAGGGAUUGAAAUUGGAGCCAGUUACUGAAGAUUUAUUAUGGAAUUAUUUAAUUCAAUUAAUUAAUGCAAUUAAAUUCGUACAUGAGAAUAAUUUGGCAGUCAAGAGCAGUUUAAAUUUAAGUAAGAUUAUAAUUACAAAUAAAGAUAGGAUAAGAAUAAGUUCAAUUGGAAUUAGUGAUAUUUUAGAAAGAGAAAAAGAUAAUAACUAUGAAGAAAGUAAAGAAAUCAUAGAGAAAAGUCAAUUGGAAGAUAUUCAUAAUUUGGGUAAAUUGUUAUUCGAUUUGAGUGUAUUAUUAUUACCUAUAAAUGUAAGAAACUUGAUGAAUUUAAAUCUAAUAGAAUUAAGACAUUUCAAUCAAUUAAGAAAUCUGACUAAUUUAUCAGAAUUAUGGUGUAAUACAUUAGAAAAAUUGAUAUAUGCAGAUGAAACAUUCACCUUAUCUGAAUUUAACACAUCACUAACUACUCCAAUGUUAUCUACCAUAAACAACUUACAACAAUCAAACGACUUUUUUGAGAAUCAAUUGAUGACAGAACUUGAAAAUGCAAGAUUGUUUAGAUUAAUGACUAAAAUCAACUUUAUUAUAUUUAAUUCUACUAAUGUUUCCCAAAUUAAAAUAUUGAAAUUAUUUCAACAUUAUUUGUUUAAUACAUAUGAUAUAAAUGGUAAAAAACAGAUUAAUUUGUCUAAAAUAUUGAUAAAUUUGAAUAAAUUGGAUUGUGGAAUUGAUGAGAAAAUAUUAUUGGUUUCUAAUAAUCAACAAGAAUGUAUAAUAGUAAGUUAUAAAGAAAUUAAAGAAUUGAUUGAUAGUCAAUUUAGAUUAAUGAGGGAGUAA